AUGGAUGAUGACUCUGACGAUCCCAAAACUAUUUUUGAAAGCGAUGAAUACAAAUCAAAGUAUACCGUUAUAAGAGGUUUGAUCAAAUAUAGAGUACUGCUAUAUUGUCUCUCUAAAACUUGGUCAAGGGAUUAUGGAUCGAGAUCAAAUACAAAUCCAAUUAUUAAAAUGAAUGGAAUGAGAAAAUCAAUCAAUGGUGGAUUCUAUACAUUACUAGCAGUACCAUAUCUUGCAUUAGACACACCUUCACCCACAUCAUUCUUCAGUCAUCCAGAUGUCACAAUUAUCUUGACACUGUUGACCUAUUAUUAUCAAGGACUUUCAUACUCCCAGUUUAGAGAUGCCUUAAUCCGAUUGGUUUCAACUUGUAACCAACAAAAGAAGAAUGAUAUUUAUAGAUCAUGGAUUAGAAUCGAUGAAAACAUUCCAUUUGAAUUUCAUAGUCUUCAGAGUAUCGUACUUUCAAACGAUCGUAUUGUCAAUCAACUCUAUCAAUACUUUAAGUACAAUAUCAAAGUAAUCAACUUCUGGUUGAAUGAGCUUGUAUUUCCAUUCGAAACCAAACAACAUCCAGAGAAACUGUAUUCCUCUGCUUGGGAUAUUGUAUCUGGCACUCACACUGUUGGAUUCUCUGGAACAAAUGACACAUCGAUUCUCUACCCACUCUCUAUCAAACAAGAAGAUCUUCCAUCGUUGUUAUACACCAAUACCGAGGUAUUUAACUAUAUUCUCAAUCAAGAGGAUAAUCAAGUGCACUUUAUUCCUCAGAAUUGCAGUAUUCUCGAUCGUGUCACAAAGACUGAUACAUUUGCAAGAGUAUUCAUUGAUUCCGGUGCAUUGAUGAUCGGAAUGACCAAUUUCCAAGUUGCCAAAUCAUUCUUGGAGAAAACCGAUCCCAAUGAUAAGAAACUGUUGUUCCAUCAAUCACCAUAUGCCAACAGAUUGGAUCGUGUAAUUGUCUAUCUUGAUGAUUAUCACACAAGAGGUGUCAACAUCAAAUUUGAAAAAGAAACACAUGCAAUCGUUACAGUAGGUCCAAGAAUGACCAAAGACAAGUUUAUACAAGCAUGCAUGAGAAUGAGAAAACUUGGAUUUGGACAAACAGUUUCAUUCAUGGUUUCAGAACAUUUGGGAGUUGGUACUAAUGUUCUAGAUCUUUUCAAAUGGGUAAUCAAAAAUACAAUUAGAGUUAAUGAAAAACAACUUAUGAGGUGGAUGGUUCAUGGUUGUCAUUUCUAUAGAACACACUACGCACUUAAACUCCAUGAUUUAGAAGGAUUGAAAUUAAAUUUACUUCAAUUUUCAUCCCUGUCAGAGAACAACUCACUUAUCGAUAUGUAUCAACCACAGUUUGUCCAGCAAGAUAUCAAAGUUGUUGCACAUAAACUGAUGCUCACUAAAACUCGUGCAUUCAAGUCAAACAUUGAUGGAAUUGUUGAACUGACAAGUGAUGUAUGCACUCAACUAAAUCGUGAUCACAAACAAAGUAUCCAAGAUUUGGAGAAAAGAAUCAAAGAUAUUGGUGACAAUAUUACAAUUUUCGCAUCAGCAGAUCAUGAUGGUGAAGAUGAACGUGAAAACGAUUUCGAAGAGGAGAAAGAAGAUGUACAAAUCCAAGAAACAGUGGUACCAGCAGAACCAAAGACUAGUCAGAAACUAUUGAAUCUGAUUUCGUCCAGAGAACAAGUAAAGAGAAUUUUCUAUCACCCAACACUUAUAUUAGAGUAUGAAAAUCUAAUCAAGUGUGAAAAGUACUGUAUUCUUCCUAUAGAAUCAAUCUAUUAUAAAACACCAAUUUGGAAACUUCUCACUAAGGAUAAUACUUUGACAAAGAUAUUUGAUAAUAGAAUAUGGGUUACAUCUGAUUUCGUAUACUCACAAACAUCAGUUAAAAACCCCAUGGAUUACAACCGUCUCUUCAAUUAUGUCUUGAUACUUUGGGAUGAGAAAAGAAUCAUUGUUCUCUCUCAAAACGAUGCCAACGCUGCAUAUAUAUGUAUUCAAGAACUUUGGAAAUCCGAUGAUUCGAUAAUAAGAGCAUCUCUUCACCAAACAAGAGCACAUACCGUUCCUAACCAAAGAGAAUACUUACAGUCAGUUCACACUAAACUUCCAGAUGAUGCAGAUUUCGAUUCGAUCCAUGAAUUAAUCGUUCAACUCAACAUCAUCAAUGGAUCGAAAUGUUUCAAUGAUAAUCUUCAAGACACUUGUAAAUUCCUUGGAAUUCGACAACGUAUUGAAUCCAAUGAGGAUACGAUGGACACUGAUGAGAAUGAAGAUGAAGUGGAUCGUGAUGGAUUCAUCAAAAGUCAGAAAGCUAGAUUCAAUGGUAAACCAUUCCAAUUCUUAGAGUUGAACUAUAAACUCAAUAGAGUAUUCGAUUUCUUUGGUAGUGAUAUUGCUAAAGUUUUACCAAAGAUAAAUAAAUAA